UACUUCAAUGUCUAACAUAUCUAUGACGAACAAUAAUGUAGAAAAACAAGUUUUAUUAAAACAACACAAAAACAUUUAAUUUAGUUGAAAAAGAAUCUCACACCCAAGAAGUCUGAUAGUUUUUUUUUUAUAUUUAAUCAAUCAUUCGACGUGUGUUUUGUUCAUGACGAAGUCGUACCAUCAUCGAUAUAUCAUUAAGCAAUCUCUUAUUUGGGGCGGAAUGAGUAUCCGCCAGUAAUACUGACUGUCAAUAAUUAUUACGACGUAAUCCAUGAUUGAUGUACGCCAGUAACUCGGUAGCUCCAAUCGAGAUAUAAUUGAGGGGGCUAUUGUAACCGUUAUUGAUAGUUGCUAUAGAUAAAUCCAAGCUUCUUAUUACGGUGUUAAUUAAAGGUGCGAAUAAGCUUUAUGAGUCGAAGUCAAUUCAAUAUUUUUCGUAACUGUAGUGCAGCGUUAUAGCUUCGUAACGCUACGAAAAAACUACGAAAUGCUACGAUAAUUUACAAAAAAAUAAUCAAAAAAAAUUGUUUCUACUUCAACUAAAUUAACUAAUCCUUUAAAAAACAGUAAAAUAAAAAAUAACUGAAAACACCAAACAAAUAUUCUAAUUGACAACUCGAUUACCUUGUGAGUAAGAAAACUCGAGACGCUGCUAAGUCAAUAUCAUUUCCAAACUCAAUCUUAAAUUUAAAUAUCUGAUUGCCCAACUCUGACGCGCCAGUACAAAGUACCUAACUUAAAUCGGUAGCGAGCUGAAGUCCAAAUCGGUAGUGUCGGUCCAAUAUGGAGGCGUCGCGGCGUACGCGCCCGCGCCGGCAAUUGUUUACGGCGCGCACGCGCGGCGCGGCGCGUGUCCCCCCGCACCCCGCGGCAGCUGCUUCGCACAGGUGGCGCGUGUGGGAACUCGACAGCUCUGUACGUUCCCACGAUCGCGCGCACACCACUCCCUAUAUAAGCCCCCGCCCGACCGCCACACCGCAUUCCGCGUUCAACGCUCAGCGCUAACGCACGCUUUCACUCAACACACAAAUGUCUAACAUGUCUUACGAGAUCGCGUACUCACUCGCAGACGAUGGCCCGCAGCCCGUCUCGCGCACUUAUCAAUAUCGCAAAGUGAUGAAGCCGAUGCUCGAGCGCAAAAGACGCGCUCGCAUUAAUCGUUGCCUCGACGAACUUAAGGAACUGAUGGUCAGCGCCUUGCAGUCAGAGGGCGAGAAUGUCGCUAAAUUGGAGAAAGCUGACAUUUUGGAAUUGACCGUUCGCCACCUUCACAAACUUCGCCGCCAGCGUCGCCUGUCACUCAACUCAACAGUGGACGCCGACCGUUUCCGGGCUGGAUUCACCCACGCCGCCAACGAAGUGUCACGCUGCUUAGCUUCCAUUCCUGGAGUGGAUGUGAGGUUGGGCACACAGCUCAUGACACACCUUGGACAUAGACUAAACGACAUGCAGCGCACCGCUGCUGGUACUGACACACCCCCAGCGAGUCCACCGAGCCCUGCACUCUCCACAGUUUCUUCAUCAUCAGGAUACGGGAGCCCCUCACCGCCCGCGUCACCAGUGCCAGUGGCAAUGACACCCUUGGACUGUACAACCAGCUCUAGUUACACCAAGGGUCCAGCGGUCUGGAGACCCUGGUAAACUACUACCGCGGGCGCGCGGACCCGACUCCACGGUCACAUCUGUUCCAGCACCGCUCGGAGUCGCUCGCUCCCAAUGUGUCCGCCGCACCGGUUCAGUGAUGCUCAUGUGAAAGUUUCUGAUAACUUAGAUCUCACAAUUAAUUAGUGUAGGAAAAUAAUAGCUCGUAAGUUCAACUUCAAAGCUUUAAUUAAAAGUAGCCUUAAAGACUAUUUGUGAUAUUAAAGAGUUAAAUAUUAAUGUUUAAGAAAUGUUGUAUCGAGCCUUGCCGAGGUCGUAUAUUGUUAUAUUUUAUCGUUGAAAAGAUUCCACAUUGUGUGGAAAUAAGAGAGUAAAGUUAAUAAAAAAUAUUAUUUCUUAUCACAAUUUCUGCAUUUCAAUUUCAUUUACCCUUUUUAAAAUAUAAGCAAGAGCAAAACACUAUUUAUAUAAAACAUACUGACGAACUCAAUAAUACUUUCGAUGGUGAAUUUUUAUGAAACAUAAUUGUAUUUUGAGUUGCCAAAAUACAAGGUAGGUAAGGCAUAACUUAGCGGAAAUAUAAAAUUAACAUGGAACGCAUCGACGAAUAAUAAUAUAACUGUAUGUUAUACCUAUAGAGGAGGUUAAGGGCAUCACCUUCGACAUAGCGAGAUCUGUGCCGCGCGCGUGCCCAGUAACUUUCCUGUUUACUCACAUUACUUAACAAUGAACAACAUAUUAAAGUUAUUUAUAACACUUCAACCAGAUAACAAGAUCAGAA